AGUGCCCACGAAGCCUCCGUCGUGCUCGGCUGCACGCCCGCGUUCCUUUUCCAGGCAUAUAAAAAAAAACGCGUCCAAUUUUAAAGCCCAAUUAUUUACUAAACUUGUGCUAUUCGAAUUUUAAACAAGUGAAUAUUCGUUCGGGAAUCAUAUUCGGAUUGCAGUGAAGUGUCUAAACAGUGUUUUUAAACGUGUUCUGAUCCCAUUUUUUUUGCCCGAAUAAAUCGAAUUGAUUAUGUCUGUGAACGUAAUGGUGUUGUGUUGAAGGAUUUUGGAGGUGUGUCAGUGACAAUGUGCGUACGGUGACCUCGACAGCGUGAUGUGGCGUGCGGUGACGCUGUUGGCGUUGGUGGUGGCGGUAGCGAGCGCGGAACACGUUCGCGAAUUCGCCGUCCGUGAGAACGCCGCUGCUGGCACGUUAGUCGGCCAUCUUGGCGACGAACUCCCCGAUGCCGCACCCCCUUAUACUCUUGUCCCAGUCCCCGGCAGUGCUGUUGACGAUGAUCUUAGAGUCGAUCCGCAUACAGGAGAAAUUAGAACCCGAGUUAAACUUGACCGUGAAACCAGGGACCACUACGCACUAGUCGCGAUUCCUGCCAGCGGAGACAACAUUCGAGUUGUCGUAAGAGUGCUAGACGAAAAUGAUAAUGAACCUAUCUUCCCCACACCUGUCAUGAACGUUGAGUUCUCAGAGAACACUCCUAGAGAUGUGAAGAGGAAACUCAAUCCUGCAAAAGAUCGGGAUUUGGGUAUCUAUAAUACGCAAAGAUACAACAUAGUGUCAGGGAACACCGAUAAUGCUUUCAGAUUGUCUUCUCAUAGGGAAAGAGAUGGAGUCCUAUAUUUGGAUCUUCAAAUCAACGGGUUCUUAGAUAGGGAAACUACGGAUCAUUACGAGUUAGUAAUAGAAGCGUUAGAUGGUGGUAAUCCGCCUUUAAGAGGGACGAUGACUGUAAAUAUAACAAUAUUAGAUGUAAAUGAUAACCCACCAGAAUUCGCAGAGAGCGUCUAUUCAGCAACCAUAGCAGAGAAUGCGACAGUAGGCACAACGGUUCUAAAGGUGUCGGCCACUGAUGCCGACUCAGGCGAGAAUGGCCAAAUAGAAUAUUCAAUAAAUAGGCGACAGAGUGACAAGGAGAAUAUGUUCAAAAUUGACCCUGAAACAGGAGAGGUAACCGUGAACAAAGUUUUAGAUUUCGAAACAAAAGAAUUGCAUGAGUUAGUCGUGGUGGCGAGAGACAAAGGUGCUCAGCCAUUAGAAACGACAGCUUUUGUCUCAAUACGAGUCACGGACGUAAAUGAUAAUCAGCCGACGAUAGACGUGAUCUUCCUCAGUGACGAUGCGACUCCAAAGAUAUCAGAGUCAGCGCAGCUCGAUGAGUUCGUGGCUCGAAUAUCAGUUCACGAUCCGGACUCUAAGACUGAAUAUUCAAAUGUUAAUGUUACCCUUAGCGGAGGUGACGGCCAUUUUGAUUUAAGGACACAUGACAACAUUAUCUAUUUAGUCGUGGUAGCUUUACCUUUAGAUCGUGAGUCGCAAUCUUCUUAUACGCUAAAUGUGGUCGCGACGGAUAAAGGAUCUCCGCCCUUACAUGCGUCCAGAGAGAUCAGUCUCCGGGUGACUGAUGUUAAUGAUAAUGAGCCGGUGUUCGUUGAGAGUGAAUAUAAAGCAAGUGUACCAGAGGCAGCGGCACCAGGUACCCCAGUAGUUCAGGUGUCAGCGACAGACGCGGACGAGGGUGAGAACUCCGAGAUCCGAUACUCUCUGUUGCCGUCUCCGCAAUCAGAGUGGUUCUCGAUAGAUGAACGUUCAGGGUUAGUGACGACACGUUCGCGAGUAGACUGCGAGACAAAUCCUAUGCCUAAGUUGACGAUAGUGGCACGAGACCGUGGCAACCCUUCCCUUUCCUCCACCGCUACCCUUACAGUGACAGUGCUCGAUGUGAACGACAACGAACCUAUCUUCGACCAGUCCUUCUACAACGUCACCGUGCCGGAGAAUGAAGCCGUCGGCAGCUGCAUUUUAAAGGUAAAUACUGAAUAUCCUGUAGAUAAUUCUGAGAACAUGUUUUGUUCGAGUAAGUACAACAAACAAGGAAACUUAUCACAGUAAAAGUCUCCUUAGUUUAUUAGUAAGGCGUAGAAAAGAGACUAUAUAGCUGAGCAGAAGCGCACAAUAUCGUUUGUAUGUAUUACGAUUCGAAUGAAUGAUUUACAGAUACAAUUGAAAGAUUGGUUAGUGUUGAUAUUAAUAAUACGUAAAUCUAAAUUGCGAUGCUAUCGUUUCACUAUAAAGCCCGAUUCUGGAUACGCUAAGGUCAACAGCAAUUACACUAUUGUGUUUGUCUCUUUUCUUCCCUACAGUGAAGAUAGAGAGAAAGUAAAAGUUUUAGUUUUUUUUUUAAAUAUGCGUUAGUUGUUUUGUUGUUUUUAUUGCAAUGUUUUAAUUGAGACAGAUAAAUCAUGAUGCAUUUAUAGACAAGUAACUUUUAUUAUACUAUUAUGUAGCGUAAAGUAAUAGAAAUUGUAGAACUUGUUUUAACAAAGCAAAUAAGUAUAGGUUAAGGAUGAUUGCAUACGUUCGAUUUUACAACUUUUCAAUGGUCAAAGUCCAUUUAAUCAUAGGAGAAGUCGUAAACCUAAACAGUGUUUUGAAAUAAAACAUUUAUUAGGUAAUUUUCGUAAAAGAUUUUGUAUGUUACAUCGCGCUACAGUGUAGUAGCGAUUUGCAGUUUCACUAAAAUACUACUUUUAUUUAAUAGUUUAUUGUUUCUUUUAAAAGGUUAACUUUUAAACGUUUUUUUAAACAGUAUUGUAUAAUUAUUAAUAUCAUAUAUCUUGUGUACUGCUGAUAACAACAUAUUAGAUAACUACAGAAGACCAAAUUGACAAAAACUACAGCAGACAAUCCAAUUUGAACUGAAUAAACAGAUUAAACCUUGAAAUCGUUAGAAUAAUUUGAAACUUUUAUAAUAACUCAACAUACUGCGAAUAAUAUUUCAUGGACUAUUCAAUGAAUUAC